UUCUGCGAUGUAGAAAGAUUUAUCGCUUUCUUCGUCAUGGCCACUGGACAACUUUUCUCACGUACUACACAAGCUUUAUUUUACAACUACAAGCAACUUCCCCUCCAGCAGAUGCUUGAUUUUGACUUCCUUUCUCGAAGGGAAACACCAUCAGUUGCUGGAAUCAUUAACCCUGGUUCUGAAGGACUUCAAAAGAUCUUCUUUGGUCAGAAGGAAAUUGUCAUCCCAGUUCAUGCAACCAUUGAAGGAGCUUGUGCUGCACAUCCUACCGCUGAUGUCUUCGUCAACUUUGCUUCACACGGUGGUGGUGGAUCGUCGAUGUGUGCAUUGAAGCAGGCAACAAUUAGAGUUGUUGCUGUGAUGGGUGAAGGAUUGGCUGAGGCAGACACUAAGCAAUUGAUUGCGUAUGCCAGUGCAAAUAAUAAGGUUGUUAUUGGUCCAGGAACUGUUGGAAGCAUGCAAGCAGGUGCUUUUAAAAUUGGUGACACAGCUGUAACAAUUGACAAUAUAAUUCACUGCAAACUCUACAGACCCGGAUCUGUUGGAUUUGUUUCUAAAUCUGGUGAGACAUUCAAUGAAUUAUGCAACACUAUUUCUCGUGUAACUGAUGGGAUUUAUGAAGCCAUUGCCAUUGGAGGAGAUGUUUGCCCUGGUUCCACACUUUUUGACCAUGUUUUACGGUUUAACAACAUACCACAGAUUAAAAUUAUGGUAGUAGUUGGAGAGCAUGAUGGGUGUGAUGAGUAUUCCAUAGUGGAAGCCCUAAAACAGGGGAAAGUAUCAAAGCCUGUGGUUGCCUGGGUUAGUGGGAGAUGUGCAGGGCCCUUCAAAUCUGCAGCAGAAUUUGGUGAAGCAGGAGAUAAAAGUGGUUGUGAGUUGGAGUUUGCUCGAGCAAAGAAUCAGGCACUAAAGGACGCUGGAGCUGUUGUUCCCACAUCAUAUCAAACUUUUGAAACUGCACUUAAGGAAACAUUUCACAAAUUGGUUGAAGAAGGUAAAAUCACACCAGUCAAGGAAAUCACUCCUCCUCCAAUCCCUGAGGACCUCAGCUCUGCAAUUAAGAGUGGAAAAGUCCGUGCUCCAACUCAUAUUAUUUCCACCAUUUCUGAUGAGAGGGGAGAGGAUCAAUGCUAUGGUGGUGUAUCCAUGUCUUCCAUUAUCGAAAAAGGAUAUGGUGUCGGUGGUGUUAUCUCUCUUUUGUGGUUUAAACGCAGCCUUCCUCAUUACUGUACUCAAUUUAUUGAGAUGUGCAUAAUGCUAUGUGCCGACCAUGGUCCUUGUGCCUCCGGAGCUCAUAAUACAAUCGUGACAGCAAGGGCAGGGAAGGACCUAAUUUCCUGUCUUGUAUCAGGUUUGCUUACGAUUGGUCCUCGAUUUGGGGGUGCCAUUGAUGACGCUGCUCGCUACUUUAAGGAUGCUCAUGACAGUGGACUUACACCUUAUGAGUUUGUUGAAGGUAUGAAGAAAAAGGGGAUUCGUGUGCCAGGAAUAGGACACAGGGUAAAGAAUAGGGACAGGAAAGACAAGCGAGUUGAGCUGCUACAAAAGUUUGCACGGACACAUUUUCCUUCUGUUAAAUACAUGGAAUACGCCGUUGAGGUUGAAGCCUACACCCUCUCAAAGGCAAAAAAUUUAAUUCUUAACAUCGAUGGCGCCAUUGGGUCUAUUUUCUUGGAUCUUUUUGCUGGCAGUGGAAUGUUCACUGAGCAAGAGAUUGAUGAAAUUGUGAAGAUUGGGUAUCUGAAUGGCUUCUUUGUGCUGGCACGCUCCAUUGGUCUGAUUGGGCACACCUUUGACCAAAAGAGACUAAAGCAACCUCUUUAUCGACACCCAUGGGAGGAUGUUGUCUACACAACGUGAGCAAGUUUUUCGAGACUGCAAUUACUCUGUCAUGCUUUUCAAAUUACCUCUCUUUUCUGAAAUCUUAAAUAUUCUCAAACGAUUAUGCAAAUGUUUGAAUGGUGUUGUACCAUCUAAAAUCUAUGUUAAUUCACCACAUAAAUCUAAAAUGUCUGCUAAAUUAGUUAGUUUUGUAACAUUUGCUAACAAAUCUCA